UUGUCUUUAUAUCAUAAUCAAUUCUUUAAUUUUUAUUUUAUCCCUCAAUAGCUUUUUGGCACUUUUAUUUCUAACACUUGUUCUCUUUUCACGCUUCAAAAAGCAUCAAUUUCAAUUCCCCACUAUUUUUUUCUUUUAUUUCCGCUAUAUUGCUUAAUUCCAAUGCUUUUUCAAAUUAUUUGUCCGAUCUCCCUUUACUUAACUUUCAAAUUGCCCCAUAAUUUGGCUGUUCUUUCCCACACCAGAUUAUGCAGUACACCACUAAAAUGCCGUCACUUUUGGUGGCAUUUUUCUUUUCACCCUGCUUCAUUCUUUUAGUGUUAUAUGCCUUCCGGUAAUGCCAAAAAGAUUUUUCCUUUAGCUUAUUUUUUAAGACUAUGCUAAUAAAGAGAGACCCCAAUGUGAUAAAGUUUAGCUGAAAAUUAUUAA